AUGCAGGCACGGACGUUGCAACUGGCGCUUGCUGCUCUGUGUUUCGCUAUCGGUCUCUGCCGUACCAGGGACGCGAACGCGUCCUUUUCAGCGUGUGACGACCACUUUAGUGUCCUACAGACUUCGAGAGCUGCCUACUACGGUGCAAAGACGUUGCAAUUUUGUGGCACGAGACUGGUCGGAAAAUAUAAGUUCCACCCAGAGAAGCUGCAAAAGGGAAUUUCGAAGGUCUGCCUGCUGUUCCGCCUCUGCUUUCACAAACACCGGACUGUACUGGAGACAGAGGGUAGAGACAACUACAAGGAUGCCAUCUACGAUUGCGUCGCGAAGCAUCUAAAAAUGAUAUUUCUCAAGUUGAAUCCGGAAUUCUGUGCAAACAGCACAUUCGCCAAACUCGACCACUUCGUGGACGAAGGAGCGCCCUGUUUGCACGAGCACGACAUUUUCCACACAGACGUCAAGGCGGCGCUUGCAGCUCUGCGUUGGCUCCGGGAAGCCUUCUUCUGAAGCUGGCAGACACAAAGUUGGCACGCCGAAAGCUGCUCAAAAUAAAACGAACGU